AUGGCCUCGUCUCCACCCCCACGCCACGACCACCACCGCCAGCGCUCGCGCGGGCGCGUCACCCCGUCUUACGUAUCGUUUCCCACCUGCCUCUGCAUGCUCCUCUGCGCGCUCCUGUGCAGCUUCCACACCUCGCCGGGCGGCCACGGCGCGGUGGCGGCCGCCGAGGAGGGCGACGGCGAGGGCGACGGAAUAUCUCAGGGUCCGUAUCUCAAGGUGUCCAAGGUUUCGAAACACCUCGAGCGGGCGAGGACCGGCGAGGACCUCCGCGUCGACGCCGAUAUCUCCUUUCGACGAGAGGGCCUCGGCGAGGACGACCCUUACCUCGUGUCGCUCCACGACCGAUACGUCGUCACCGCGCGAAUCCGUUACGUCUCCAUGUUCGGAGAGGAACGCGUGGCCGACAUGCGACGCGUGCCCGACGCGAAGCCCACGUCCUGGACCGGCUCGAUACCCGCGGAAGACCUGCCGGGAUACGGCCAGAUGGUCCGAUACGGCGUCGAGGCCUCGGCGGUGGCGAGGGAGUUUCCCUUUGACUCGCUGCGCGACUCGAAACCGAAAGGCGAUAAAAAAUACGCAACCGUCGUGGACCUGGUCGCCGUCGCGGACGAGACGUCGCUGCCCACGCUGCACUGGUUCGUAAAAGCGCCCGAGGACGAGGCCAACGCGAUGUGGGACGAGCCCGUCGGCUGUUUCCUGAUGUUUCCAGAGAACGGACCGGCGAAUAAGGGCGGAAAGCUCAGGUUUUACGACGCGGUGACCGUUCGAAGGAGGGGGUCGGGCCGCCGCGGGCAGAACGCGGCGGCGAACAUGUGGGGCAAACGCGGGAGCAAGGACUGGCCGAAGCGCAAGCUCAAGUUCGACUUCGACGGGCCUUCGUUCCGCGUGGACUGGGGCGACGGCCAGCGAAGGAAAGUGGAGGAGGUGAACCUGCACUCCGGAUACGAUGAACCGGGGCCCGGAGCGACGUACCUGCGCGAGGUUCUAGCCGCGUCCGCGUUCGAACGCGUGGGCGUCCCGGCCCCCGCCGCCAAGCACGUCGUCCUCCGCAGAAACGGCGAGUUCUUCGGCCUCUACGUCAUGGUGGAAAACGUCGACGGCGAAUUCCUGGAGCGGAAAGGCGAGUCCCCGUCGGGGCCCCUGUUCAAGGCGGUGCACUGGAGGCAGAGUAACCUGCGCCCCCGGGCGCCGGCUUGGGCGCCGUGCAGGUACGACGCCGCGUGGGAGAGCGGCUGGGGAGCGUGCCCCGAGGUGUACAGGUACUCGACGUCGCCUCGACACCUCGACGAGGCGGGCGCGAGGGACGAACUCGACGCUUUGCUCUCCGCCCUGGACGCGAUCAACUCCCGCGGCGACGCGACACCGAUGCGAGCCGCGAUAGAUACGACGCUCGUGACUCGGGAGAUGGCGGUUCAGACGGCGCUGCUGCACCAGGACAGGUGCGCGAAGAACUACUACGUGUACAGGUCCAGGGGAACGAACAGGUGGUCUCGGAUCCCUUGGGACAUGGAGGAUUCGUUCGCGACGGAUUACAGAAAUAAGGCCGGUCGAUGCGACGACGACGGCGGCGACGCGUGCGACUGGGCGCAGUACUGCGUGCAGUCGUGUUGGAAGUGGAACUCGCCGUUCUUCUGCGACAGGGACCACCCCCAGGACAUAUUCACGGAGAGCGACGGACGAUCGACGUGGAAUCAUCUGGUAAACGGCGUGUUGACGGACGUCGACUCUCGGACCGCGUACUUGCGCGAGUUGAAGAGGGCGACGGAGUCGUUGCAUCACUCCGGUUGGCUGGAGGGCGAGGCGCGGCGGCUCCGGGACGUGAUCUCGUCGGACGCGAGGCGGGACGCGGCGAAGUGGGGGCUGGGGGAUCUGGACGAGGGCGUGAACGCGCUGGUGCGACAGAUCCGCGACAGGAAGUCCAUCCUCGAGUCAAACUACGGCGCGUGGUGGCGGGACCUGUGA